AUGGAAGUUUCCAACAUUGACAUGACAUGGAACAGUACGAAAGGAAUUGCCUUGCACGGAAAGCAGCCCCGGCGCAGCCACAUGGCUCCAGUCAAGCAUCGCCUAGACAUGGCAGCUUUCAAGGCCAUCUUUGCUUUUCACAAGCGAUGUAAGACGAAUCAGAUCAGCAUCUUCAAAGUCAUCCAGUCUCCUCAAGGCAUGCCACCCAGCACGGCCAAGAGUAGCGGAGUGUUUCCUCUGCUUUCAGCGGAUGAGAAGUUUAUUCGACAGACAGCUGGUAUCGUUGGAGUUGUGAAGGGUCAUGCCAUGGCUGACAUGCCGGGCAAUGCUGCUGUGCAUUCUGGCACUGCAGAGCUCCAUGUGCUUCAGUUGGCUUGUGGCAUUUUCAUGCUUCAGACCUGCAUGACAGUUGUUCAAGCCAAGGCACACUUGAUCACAACUGCCACCCGUUUUGAUCCUGCAGGGUUCCUUCAUCUCUUCAAGAAGUCGAGUCUGCCACGGGGACCAUGUGGGUUGGACAAACCACGUGGUGAUGUUGCCCCCGCCAACACAGCAGAGGGCCUUGCUGGACCCAAUUCACCUUCAACGUUUCUUGGCGAACUGCCCUGCAAGGCAGCCCCCGUUCGCCUUCGGCCCAUGCUGAAGGCGGUAUCCAAGUCAGUGUCCAAGUCAUGCUCAUGCAGCUGCAACAAUUUGGAUGCCAUCAAACUUUGGGGAAACUUUGGAGCCCAGAAAAGUAGCAUUGCGACUGGCCAUAUGAACACGAUUGUUCGACGCAUGAUUUACUCCGUGCUCCGGCCUCUUGAGGGAUGCCGCCAUCCCAUAGCAGCACGGCUGCUUUGCACAACUAGAGGAUGCUCACGCCCAGCCCUGCCCAAAUUCUGGGAGAAGCUUGGCGUUGUGCCGAUGUUCGACGUGCAAAUCUGCCAUCCCAGCAGCAUGAAAUCGCUAAGAAACGUGGCGAAGGGGCCAAUGGUGGGAGUGGCGCAGGCGAUGCCGGGGAUUGCCCCACCUUUUCCCUUUCCUUUGGAAGUGGGUCUUUGCUUUGAACAGAAGCGGCUGCGGAUCACUUUCCUGGUGCAUGAGUGCAGAUGUCAAACAAGUCUGACAUCAGUUCACUGGAUGUGGUGUGCUGCUGGAAGGCUUGGAGAUCUGUUGAAAAAUUGUCGAUCCCAGCCGGCUCAUCGCCAUCAACACGGACAUCAAGCACCAGGUUCUCCUAGCUGCGGGACCGAUGUUUCCUUGGCAGCUCUUCAUCCACGUGACAUUUGUGGCGAUAGAUCCAGCGACUUGCGGCGCCGCAUUUCAGCGAUUCAGCUCUUGCAGGUGUCAACUUCUUGGUUCAGAAGUGAUCUUUCCUUGAAACGCGUCAGGUACCGCAAAGUAUGCUUUCAGGUUGCUUCACCCAUUGCUUCACCCAUGUGUCUAUGUGUGAAUUGUUCUCUUGCUUGCAGAAAUUCACUGGCAACUUCUUUACUGGCGCAACUCACUUUGGAGAAGCUAGCACCAUUGAAGCGCAGUCCAAAGAGUCGCCCUGUGCGAUGCGGAGCAAGCGGCGGCAGUGCUUUGGUCAGCCUGACAAUUCAAAAGCCUAAAGAAUUGGAGGAUUGGAAGGAUGGGAAGGAUCGGCUUGGACUUUUUCAAGCUGCUCUGAUACCAGUGGUACCACUUGCGAAAGCAUUGAAAUGCGAAUUGGCCCGCACAAUGUUGCGGCAACCACGGCUUUCCCCUGUCCAAGAAGCUUUUCUGGCAGGACGCUUUGAACGUUUUUUUGUGUCGUGGUGGCGGCUGAUCAGUUCCGUACCCAAAGAGUUGCUGAAAGCUGCCGUGAUGAUUUUGCAGGAGCGGCACUGGAUUCUCCGCAGCACUUUCAAUUCCGACAUGCCAUUGGUGAGCCCAAAGCGCUUUGACGUGGUGGAAACAAGAGAUGUUCCUGAAGAAGGACAGGAAGGACAAGAUCUUGAACAAAUUGCCAGGGAGUUUGCAUGGCAGCCCUUGGAUCUCAAGAACGCGCCCGCAAUCCGGGUGCUUUUGGUGACCUUUGGUUCAGACAGUCAAGCCGAAUCAGCAGAAUCCAAAUGUUUGCUGGUGGUGAAGGUUCACCACGUGGCAUGUGAUGGGCUUUCUGUAGCCACUUUGGACAAAGAGCUUUGUGCCCUUUUGGGUCAGGAGUGUUCCACCAAUGCAGGCCACAACCAGUAUGGGCCAUUGUGCUUGAACCCGGGCCAAUCAGCUAUGAAUGCGCUAUGCCUCAAGCUGCCACCUAGCCCAGGCCAAUUUCAUAGGUAUGUUCAGUGUAUGCACGGUCAGCACCUGUCAAGUGAAAGCGGGCACAGGGAUCGUGCAUUUUGGUCUCAACAGUUUGCUUCCUUGCACCUUCCUGUCAUGCCGAUGCCGGAAAGCCAUGGUCAGCACACGGUGGAAAUCAUUUUCCCAAAAGGGUUCCCAGCAAAACAUUCGAAGCUUCUGGCAUUGUUUGCUUACUGGCAGUGUUGCCGGACCAGACAAGAAGAAGUCAUCAUUGGUGGCCCGUUCCACGGCCGACCGACACACCUGCUACCCUACAUCAUCCAUAUGCCAAAGCCCUUUGACCUGACUCAGUUGUUGGAAGAUGUAGAAAAAACUGUUCGAGAUGCGCACAAACAUGCACUUGUUCCAUUGAAAGUCUGGGGGUUCGACCUGAGUUUCCAAGCCAUUCUCUAUUGGGAGCCUUCUGGCGGUUGGGCACAGGCUUCUGCAGAGUGGGGUUCCAGAAACAUGAUUCCUCCACCUUUGCCCGUGGCAGAUCUCGUCUUGCGCGCGUUUGAAUCGAAUGGAUCCAUUGAGGCAAGACUUGAUGUCAGUGGCAAUUUCACUCAGCAACAGGCUCAACAGAUGGCAGAUUCUUUGGGGAAAUUGGCCGUUGACUUCGUUGAGAGAUAUCCCACACUGCCAGGGAAGAAAAGCACCACGGGGAAAGCCACGACUGCACCGGAAGCCAUUCAAAAUGUCGCCAACGCGGCACAGCCCUGGGACCCCAGCGAGUAUGUGGGGCAAACCCUGCUGCAGGAAGCAGUUCGCAACCAUGGGGCAGUCGACUUGAUGCAGAAGAAGAACGGUGAGAAGAUUGCAGUGAAAAGAAUGCCGACCAGGUGGGUGCGAGAAGGCCCCAUUGAAUUCAACGAGCAGUAUCCAACCGCGUCAGAAAGGCCUUGGGUAGACAUCGGCUUAGUCAGGUACUUGAACAGCAUCCAAUAUCCCUAUGCCUGUGAGCUCUUUGGAGUCUUUCGAGACGAUGAGACCACGUACGUGGCAGCAUCGCUGGCCACCAAAGGCGACCUGUUCACCUGGUGUGAUCAAGAUCCACCGCCUGGAUUGAAACGUGAGGCUGUGAUGCUGCCCAUCGUUGGACAAAUCUUCGUGGCAGUUCGGUGGCUUCACGAUUUGGGCGUGGCGCAUCGCGAUUUGUCGCUGGAGAAUAUCCUCUUGUCAGAUCAAGGUGGUACUCAGCAGGUCAAAUUGAUUGACUUUGGUAUGGCGACGGUGAAUCGCAUCUGCAAAAAGGAGGUUCGCGGGAAGCAAUCGUACCAGGCUCCCGAAAUGCACGGCUCUGAACCAUAUGAUGCAUUUCUAACAGAUGAGUUUGCCUUGGGCGUCUCGAUUUUUGCAAUGGCAGUGCAGGAUUAUCCAUGGACGUCGACCAAAAAGAGCAGUUGCCAACUCUUCGAAUACAUCUCCACCUUCGGCCUCAUCAAAUUUCUGAAGAAACGGAAGCUGCGCAAGGGCACGGAACAUCUCGCGGAGGUGAUGAGCCCGGAGCUCAUUCAACUCAUUGAUGCUAUGGUGCAGUUGGAUGCCAACAAUCGGCUUUCCUUGGGCGAAGCAUGCUUCAAUGGAGAGGCACGCCGAAGCGUUUGGGAUGAGCCUUGGAUUCAGGCCUUUCAAGGACCAUAG